GAGAUCAAAUCUUGAAAGCUACUUAUUUUGGGCUAUUAAUGUAAUUUCUCCGUCUUUCUCGUUCCUGCCGGCCGGGUCAUCCAUAAAAAGUUGUUUUUGAAUGUUAAGACGUUGUUAAAAAAAAAAAAAAAGAAUGUUAAGACAUCUCUAAUCCUGCCGUUUUAUACUGUUGUUUGGUGGCGUCACUAUCUUCUCAAAAAUCACUGGUCAGACUAACGGGUGUCUCCCAUGGCGGCGGCGGCGGCUUGUACAGUUCACAGUUUGUCCCGACCCCGUGUAGCCUCCACAUCCCAAUGUGUCCCAACUCUCUCUCUACCCAACAAUAAAACUAUCAGUUUUCCCCUAAGUACAAGAUACAGAAGCAACACUGCUACUUCCAAAGUCACCUUCUCGCCAUUUUCGACGAGAGCAGCAAAGAGUGACAGUAGUGAUAAAAGGAAAGAAGAGAAGCAGCAAGUGUUGGAAGAAGAAGAAGAGGAGGUUGAAGAGGAGCUGCCAUGGAUACAAGAGAAAGCAUUGGACCUGGUUGAAUUUACUGGUUCUGUGACUCAGGCGAUUCCUGGUCCCAGGGUUGGCCGUAGCUCCUUCCCAUGGAUUCUUGCGGUGCCCUUGACUUACUUUGGCUUCACUUUUGUCAUCGCCUUUGUUAAAACCGUCCGCAAGUUCAAUUCACCCCGGGAGAAGCGUCGAAAAUUGGUUAACAAAAAUGCUGAGCUAUGCAAGACAAUUGAUGAGUUUUUUGAGAAAGGAAAAGACAAUGUUGAGCCUGCAACUUUGAAGGAACUGGCCCAAAAGACAGGCUUUGCUAUGGAGGAGAUUUUCCGAAAAUAUAUUCGGUACUCCUUGAAUGAGAAGCCAUUUACCCCGGAUUUAAUAGCAUAUUUAAUUCAGUUGAGGAAAGCAUCACUGCUGACUGAUUCUGAAGUAGCUGGACUACUGAAUGAAAUUUCACGUCGAAUUGUUCAAGACAAAGGUCCAGUUGUUAUGCAUAUAUCAGGCUAUUCUGAGAAGGGUUUGAAGAGAAAACUUGCUGUGCAAGCUCUUUUUGGGAAAAUUUAUUAUCUUUCUGAGCUUCCAGAAUUCUGCUCAAGGGAUAGCUCCUUAACUGUUAAGGAAAUAUUUGGAGUGGCUGAUGAGGAUGCUGAAAAGCUUCGGUUACAUACUAUCCCAGAAGCUGGGAACAUGGAUUCACUUGAGAGGAUGGUGAACGGGUCAGAUUCUGAUAAUUCAAGUGAUGAAUCCGCCAGUGUUUCUUGAUUAAUGUACACUUUAGUGUAGAGAAGUUGUAGGCUGGGACACUGUGGAGAGUAAGGCAAAAUAUGACAAGAGAACUCUAUAUAACCUAUACGUCCUUCUGUAGGCCCCAAGUUACCCCCACAGUGGAAAAGAAAAGUCAGAACUUAUAACCACCAUGAGGCUUGUGAAGUUUUAUCUAGAAUGGCUUCAAUUUUGUACCCAAAACACUUCUGAUACAAAAUGCCUGUGUUUGUUGCA